AUGAACCCUUCCUUGUUGCUCUCCCUCUCUCAGCACCCUCCCUCACUACCCCACAAAUCUCUUCCUCCCGCCAUCAUCCUACGUGUCACCUGCUUCCCCGCCUUCUCAGCGCUGGGCCUUGCUGAGCUGGCAGAUGAGCUGGCGUGCACUGAGGUGGCGCAAUUGCACGAGUACAGGCUGGAUGUGCAAACGAGAGCAGUAGAGGAGCGCUCUUUGUGCAAGAUCUGCUGCGACUUUCCUUCCAUCAACCCCAAAUCACUUUCAAUCCUCCGCCACAUCCUCUCAUUCAAUUCCCCUUCCUCUGCCUUCCCCCUUUCACCUCUCCUCCCCUCUCUCUUCGGCACUGGUGUGCUGCGACUUCCCUUUCAUCAACCCCAACUCACGGUGUGCUGCGACUUCCCUUCCAUCAACCCCAACUUCACGGGUCGCCCCCAUCGGUUUGCUUACUCUGCCCCAUUCAGAGCACAGAUCUGCUGCAACAUUCCUUCCAUCAACCCCAACUCACUUUCAAUCCUCCGCCACAUCCUCUCAUUCAUUUCCCCUUCCUCUGCCUUCCCCCUUUCAUUUCUCCUCCCCUCUCUCUCCGGCACUGGUGUGCUGCGACUUCCCUUUCAUCAACCCCAACUCAUGGUGUGCUGCGACUUCCCUUCCAUCAACCCCAACUUCACGGGUCGCCCCCAUCGGUUCGCUUACUCUGCCCCAUUCAGAGCACAGCCCAGCCGGGUUGGGCGUGGUAUCAGCAGAGUGCAACAGCCCUCCUCCGACUCCCUCCCACCACCACCAGGCACCACCAUUGCCUCAUUCAACGCCAUCAUGAAGCAUAUUUCGCACAAGGCACAUACCAGGUGCCCCACGCCUCUCUUCUAUCAGCACUGUCCCUUCCCUGUGUUCACACCCAUCCCCCCACUCUCCCUCCCACCACCACCUGGCACCACGGUCCCCUCAUUCAAUGCCAUCCUGAAGCACGACUUUGCACAAAGCACGUACCAGAUGCCCAACGCCCUGUCACACUCCCGGGACCUGAGGGCUCAAGCCAACGCAUACCGUCCAUCUGUCUCAUACCCCCACUCCCAAUCCCCCCUUUCCACUCCACCCCAACCACCACCAGGCACCACGGUUCCCUCAUUCAACGCCAUCAUGAAGUAUGAUUUCCAGCAAGGCACAUACCAAGUGUAUACCCUCCCACCCGGGAGGUUCUGUGGGGAGCAUGUGUUUGCUCCACGACACCACUUUCAGAGCAGCAGCAUGUUGCAGAGUGGUGAAGUGCGGUCAGAAGCAGUCAAAACGGGUAAAUCCGCGGUGGAAAUCGGUGAAGACGUGGUGGGGAUGGGUGCAGAGGAAGUGGAUGAUGGGUGGGUGUUGGCACUUGUGUGGGAUGAAGAGGAGAUGAGGAGCGAAGUGAUUGUGCUGGAUGCAAUGAAUCUGGACAAGCAGCCAAUGGCACGGGUCAUUCUUCCCAAGAGAGUACCUUAUGGCUUCCAUGGGACAUUCCUACCUGAUUGA